UUACAGCCCAUUUAGGAAACAUUGACCAGAACUGACCACUGAGGCUUCAUGAUAGGAUCUCCAACCCGUUACCAUGGCGAUGUGUGAAAGACCAGUAGACACUCUUGCAGUCAGUCAUCAACCCCCUCACAGACACGGCCAGACUCUGGACACAGUGACCGUUCUACUGGAGGAUAUACAGGGUCACCGUGAGGUUGAAGGUCAGGGUCAGGGGGUUGAGGUUACCUCUGUAGUGCAGUGUUGUGAUGGCCUGAGCCCCAUGUCCAAACCACCUCCCCUGGGGGAAUCAGGAGACCCAGAGCCCAUGAACAGUGGAUCUACUCAGGCUCAAACCACAACGAACAGAGAUCUAGAUGAGGUGGACAUGGACCAUAGGCCUCCCUGUGAAGCAGAUCCCAUAGAGAGUGGACUGACCCUGGGUCAGACGUGGGACAUGUACGAGGUGGACCAAACCUCCACGAUGAGCUGUGAUACUGAGGUGGAGCUUGGGACGGGGACUGAGACUACUCCACACAUACAGGUGUGUCCUACAGAGUCUGGUCUGGUCACAGAGGUGAAUGGAUGGUCUGGGAAACAACGUGUUAGAGAGCCUGUAGAGGAGAGGGAGAGGCCUAAGGAGACCCCUUCUCCACCCUCCUCUCCAGUCUCCUCUCCGCCCCUCUCUCCUGGCCAGACUCUGGGACAUGUUGCCCUUGAUACCCCCCAGGAAAGGUGUCUAGAUGCCCCAGGGCCAGGCAAGGGUAGUUCCAUGGACCUGUUCUGUAUCGUAAAACACAAACCCAGCGCUAUCGUGUUCUCUGGAGAAGACAACAUCGACAACGUCAGCCCACCUAGAGUCUUCGUCACCCAGAGCCUCGAUGGAGAGGAGUCUUUCCCGGGCGAUGAGGAUGAGGGUGGCGAUGAUGUGGAGGAGGAAGAGGAGGAAGAGAAGGAUGAAGAGAUCCCUGAACUGCCGCAGUAUAAGGAGUUCCUAGUCAGCCGUCGCCGUAGAAACGUGAGCAGGAACAGGAAGAGACAGAGGAAAGGACAGGAACUCCCGCCCACUGGCUCUCUGAUUGACCUGGGCUCCACCAAUAAGACCAGAUUAAAGGCCAAGGAGGAAGAAGAUGAGGAAGAGGAGGAGGAGGAAGAAGAGGCUGAAAGGAGACGGGCACUGUCCCCGUGGUGUGAUUCUAUGAGUCAGCUGAUGAGGAAGUUGGAUCAGCUCAAUCUGGACAUACAGGAAGCACUCAGCGCUGCUAGCUCCUCCCACUCUGACAACGACCAACCAGAAACACAACAACCAGAACUGAGUGCUCCUGCACUGGGAAGGAUGAUAAGCAGAGGCCUGGUCCACGACCACAAUAUCUCCAGGCCUUCUAACAGACCCCCAGAGAGCAGCGCGUCCAGCUCCAGACAACGUUCUCGUCCCCUGGCCCGCAGCAGACCCCUGAUCCGUUCCUCCCUACACUCCCCCUCACACCUCCACUACAGACGGAGAACCGGUGAAAACAGGAUGACCAGCCAAUCAGAAGAGAUCGAGGCCAAGGAGGCUUGUGAUUGGCUGAGGGCUGCAGGGUUCCCACAGUAUGCCCAGCUCUACGAAGACUCCCAGUUUCCUAUAGAUAUCUUGUCAGUGAAGAGGGACCAUGACUUCUUGGACAGGGACCUGGUGGAACCUCUGUGUCGACGUCUUAACACUCUGAACAAGUGUUGCUCCAUGAAACUAGACGUCAGCCACCCCAGGAAGAAAACUGAUGAUUCAGACGACGAUGACCCGCUAGCCAUCAGUAAGAGAUGGACCUUUGAAUGGAACAGCCGGCGCUGGUCCCGCCUCCAGGACAUGCACUUCCUGCUGGGCUCGCCCAAUGAGAGCAGUCCUGAGGGGUGCCAGGAGGAGGGGCGACUGAGGAGCACAGUGAGCAGUGAGAGCGUCCUGACGGACCUGAGUGAACCAGAGAUCACGGAUAUAUCCUCUCUGCACAGUCAAGACUCUCUGGGAGCCAUGCUUCCUGACUCUGUCUCUAUGGUCUCACUGGCAGGACCCUACCAGCCCCCAAGAGACCUGUCCCACUACAACUCUCUACCAAUCAAAAGCAGCCGUCACGGCCAGGGUGGGCGGAGUCCGGCAAAGGCCUUCCUGCGUCGCAUGGAGAUGAUGCGUACCUGGGGGCCGUCCUCCAAGAGGAAGUCAGGAAGUGGGCGGGCGCCGCUCGUCAUCAGUGGGCCGGUCCUACAUGGGGAGGAGCCCCAGGCAUUACAGAUGCUCCACUGUGUUCCCAUCAAUCAAUCAGAGGACAGUCCUCAUCCUCCCCACCAAUCAGAUGACAACUCGUCCCCUAUCGCGCUCGGUAAUGGCAGCAAGGGCCAAUCGGUGACGAGCGGUGUGAGUUCCAUGCGUCCCUGUGUGAAGGAGUCUGUCUCCAAGCCGAAAAGAGGAAGUAUGUACCUGGAAGAUAUGGAGCUGCUCUCUGGCGCCCCCCAUGUUCGGAGGACUGAAGCACAACAGAGCCCGUUCAGCAGGAACCACUUCCGUUCAUACGAGGACCUGCUGGUCCACAUCCCCAAGAACCACAAACCAGGCACCUUCCCCAAAGCCUUGUCUAUAGAGAGUCUAGCCACAGCCACCAACCACCAGUACCAGACCCCUUCUCCCUCCCCACUCCACCCCAGCAAAGGCUCCCCCUGGACGGGUACGGCUCUGUCCAAGAAGCCUCCCUGUCCUGUAGCUCCGCGGGGCAGCAGGGUGAGUGUGUAUGACAACGUCCCCGGGUCUCACCUGUACGCGUCCACAGGUGACCUGCUGGAUGUGGACCGAGACGAUCACCUGUUCCCCCACCUGGAUGACAUCAUCAGUCACGUCAGCGGCCUGCAGCAGAUUGUAGACCACUGGAGUCGCAACAUGCUGACGGAGGGUGGGGUGGGGGAGGAGGGGGAGGCAGGGGAGGGAAAGAGGGGUGAAGAUGAGGGAGAGGGGGAGGGAGAGGAGAGGACCACGCCCAGUGAGGGGGAGGGAGAGGGGAGGACCAUGCCCAGUGAGGGAGAGAGAGACGGGGUCUCCCUGAUUGACAUAGAGUCAACAGGGACCAGAGAGAGGAGAGACUCUGGAGUAGGAGCUUCCCUUACCAGACCACGUCUGCGGUGGCCGAGCUUCCGCCUCUCUGAAAAUCUGCGCCAAUCAGGCUCCGCGCUGCAGAUCAGUAGCCAAUCAGCAGGCCAGCUCAGCCUGCUCCAGAAGUUCUCUCUGCUCCGACUCACAGCCAUCAUGGAGAAUUACUCCAUGUCUAACAAACAUGGCUGGACCUGGUCUGUCCCUAAGUUUAUGAAGCGUUUGAAGGUCCCUGACUACAAGGAGAGAAGUGUGUUUGGUGUUCCUCUCAUCGUUCACACACAGCGCUGUGGUUACCCUCUACCUCUUUGUCUACAGCAGGCCCUGAGACAUCUCAGGACGCACUGUCUUGACCAGGUGGGUCUGUUCCGUAAAUCUGGCGUGAAGUCUCGUAUCCAGGCGUUGAGACAGGAGUGUGAGACCAGUCCUGACAGUGUGUGUUACGAGGACCAGUCAGCGUACGACGUAGCAGACAUGGUUAAACAGUUCUUCAGAGACCUUCCUGAACCUCUACUGACCAGCAAGCUGGGAGAGACCUUCCUACACAUCUACCAGUAUGUCCCUAAGGAGCAGAGGUUGCAGGCCGUGAGGGCGGCCAUCUUGCUGAUGUCAGACGAGAACAGGGAAGUGCUCCAGACGCUGCUCUGCUUCCUAUGUGAUGUCACUUCCUGUGUAGAGGAGAACCAGAUGACCCCUAUGAACCUGGCUGUGUGUCUGGGCCCCUCCCUGUUCCACCUCAACAUACUGAAGAAUGACAACCUGUCCCCCAGGUCGAUCCAGAAGAAGUAUGCUACGGGCCGUCCGGACCAGAAGGACCUGAGUGAGAACCUUGCCGCCACACAGGGCCUGGCUCACAUGAUCACUGAGUGCCAGCACCUGUUUGAGAUCCCACAGGACAUGGUAAGCCGGUCCCAUAACUCCUACAUGGAGGCUGAGUUACUAGCGCCCCCUCUGGACGAGCUGCGUAAGACACAUGACGAGGAGGACGAGGAAGAGGAGGAGGAGGAGGAGGAAGGAUCCUACCACACACACAUGGAGGGGCUGGUCCAGGGACUACUAAAAGAGGCCAGAGACAACAGCAAAGGAUGGGUGUCCCGGGCUACCACUGACCACACUGAAUUGGCCUGCAAAAAGGUGGGUGAUGGUAACCCACUGCGGAGGUGGCGUGUGUGUGUGGAAGUGUGUGCGAAGCCCAGUGAGGUGUUGGAGAGGCUGCUGCGGGAGCGCCCCCUGUGGCAGACGGACGUACUGCAGGAGAAGGUUCUGGUUACCCUGGGCAGACAGACAGACAUCUACCAGUACAGCUUGCAGAGCAUGGCCCCACACCCCAACACUGACUACGUAGUACUGAGGUCGUGGCGUAGCAGCAUUUCUAAGGGUUGCUGUGUGUUGGUGUGUGUAUCAGUGGACUAUGAGGACAGUCCAGCCAUGGUAUCAGUCAGAGGAGUGAUUCUAGAAUCACAGUACCUUCUAGAACCCCACGGAACCGGGAAGUCCCGACUCACACACAUCUGCAGAGUCGAUCUGAAGGGCAGGUCUCCAGAGUGGUACAACAAGGUGUUUGGUCACUUGUGUGUCUCUGAGGCCCAGAGGAUCCGUUCCUCCUUCCUCCCUCCAGACCCCCCAGGCACCGAGACCUAGAUCUGACCCCCAGGACCAGGGCAUGAGGCUGGGCUACACCGCCACGGAGCACGGCCCCAAGGACCAGAAGACCAGAGAGAAGUUGCUGUAAAAAAACGCAGGAGAACAGGACGCCUAGAACCGUGGACCUUCGAAGCUUGGACCUAGAUUCAUGGACCUAGAAACUUGAACAAUAGGGCUAGUUCCAUGGACCUAGAACCAGGGAACCUAGAACCGGGGAAGCAGGAGGGAAGACUAGUUUGACCUAUAACUAGGAACCAGGGUUCUGGAUGCAGCGACCUUGAACCAGGGAACAACGACUGGUGAUAUAAAAUGUAGAACCAGGAAAUAUGGAACAAUCUAUCAGGGAUUCUUAAACUAUUUCAUAAAUUGACUGUCCUCCCAUGACCCAAAUCGUCCUCCAACGACCCAAGUUAAGAAGAAAUAGUGUGUGAUGAUAGAUGUAUUCUUAUAACUCACGACCCACCGCUCACAUGCCCAGGGACACACUUUGGGUACCGACCCAUAGUUUAAGAAACCCUUUUCUAAACAUCGGAACCAGAGAUUUGGAACAAUCUAACGUAGAACCAGUGACACUGAACAAUAUUGAACUUGGAACAAGGGAUACGGAACGAUCUAGAUCUUUUAACCAGUGACACUGAAUAAUCUAGAAUUCAGAACCAGGAAUAUGGAAUGUUCUAGAUUGAACUUGAAGACAGAUCUGGGCCCAGAUUCACAAAACAUUUCUUACGCAAAAAAAAUUAAGAAGCUGCUUAAGAAAAAAAAAAAGAAGUUCAUAAGAUUCCUCCACAAUAUUUUAAGAUUUAAUAAUUAUCUUACGAACUCCUCAAAUAUCUUCAUACAAAACUUCUUAAAAUGUUUGUUGCUCGGCAACCGGUUUAGCUAGCUAUCUAGCUAACAACGGUAAUCAUGUUAGCAUAUUUCCUACUGAGAUUACUGUUCUUCAACAUGUUCUUUGGUUUAAUAUAAUCAGUACUGAAACUUUCAGAUGAAGUUUGUGAAUUAAUUAAACAGGUUCGAUUGCUUUCAUGAGAUGUUUCUCUCACUGCCCAGAGUUUAAGACGAGGGUUUAGCUAUCUUGGAAUUCAGAACAUUUCCUAAAACAUCCCAAAACUGUAUUUUCAAGAGUCUAAUUUCUUCUUAACUUUUUUUGCUUAAGGAGAAAAAUGUAAAAAAUUACCCGUAACAUUUCUAAUAAACUUUUUGAGAAAUAUAAACUUUGUUUAACUUUCUUCAUAAGUUUACAGUUAAGGGGGAAAAAUGGCAGUUGAAAGGACAUUUCUUCUUAAAGAAGGUUUUGUGAAUCUGGGUCCCUGGUUAGUAAAGCUUUAUCUCUGCUCUCAGCAUCACUGUCAGUUUAAACUACUACUAUUAUUAUUAUUAUUAUUAUUAGUUCAUUCAUCUUUAUUGUCUGCGUUAAUUAUAUUAUUAUUGUAUUAUUGUUAUUUUAAUAUUAUGACCUCAUCGUUGUUGUUGUAUAAUCGUUGCUUUUUAAAAUAUUUUUUAUCCUGUUAUACAAUGUCUAGGACAUUUAUCCAUUUCACUGCUUCUGGGAAGCGUGUGUGUGUGCGUGUGCGCGCGUGUGUGCGUGUGCGCGCGUGUGUGCGCGUGUGCAUGUGUGUGCGUGAGUGCGUGUGUGCGCGCGUGCGUGCGUGCAUGCGUGUGUGCGUGCGUGCGUGCGUGUGUGUGUGUGUGUGUGUGUGUGUGUGUGUGUGUGUGUGUGUGUGUGUGUGUGUGUGUGUGUGUGUGUGUGUGUGUGUGUGUGUGUGUGUGUGUGUGUGUGUGUGUGUGUGUGCGUGUGCUAGUCUGUACACACAGUGUAAAUAAGUGAUGCUCUCUGUACCAGCAGAUGAAAAUAUAUCUCAUUGCCCAUCAGGACUUUAUCAUAUUGAUAUGCUGAUGUUAUGGUCAUUUCACAUGUCCUAAAGCAAUACUGUAACUAUCUAAUGUAUUAUAAUAUAACUGUACCACGCCGUUACCGUGAGGAUACUAAGCUGUUGUAUAAUGCUAUACUGUAUUGCCAUAGCAGUGCCAUCGCCAUGACGAUACCAUGGUGUUAGGUUGCUGUAGGGUUGACUUGGUGUUGCUGUAGGAUCACCAUGGUAUUGCCACGGCGUUACUAUGGUGCCGCUAAACCGUAACGUUGCUAUGGUGUUGCUACAGUACCGCCAUGCUCUGUGAGUGCUGUUUGCGUGGGAACAGUGUACUUGAUUCUGACGUGAGCCAUAGGGGAUUAUGGGUAAAUGUGAGGAGACAGCUGAGGAGAUUAGAGGAGGACAGAGUGGCUGACACCAGGCUUUAACUUAGUCUGGUCCCAGGCCUGUUUAUGAUUUCAGAGGACAACAGGGUGGCUGACACCAGGCUUUAACCUAGUCUGGUUCCAGGCCUGUUUAUGCUGUUAGAGGACAACAGGGUGGCUGACACCAGGCUUUAACCUAGUCUGGUCCCAGGCCUGUUUAUGCUGUUAGAGGACAACAGGGUGGCUGACACCAGGCUUUAACCUAGUCUGGUCCCAGGCCUGUUUAUGCUGCCAUGACAACUCCUUGUUGCCAUUGUCCUCUGCCAGGUGGCUUCAUUCCUAGACGACAUGCAGUCCUCAAUCAGUCAAUGCAGACAGAAUCAUAGCGCUGUCUGAUGUAAGACAAUGCCUUGUCGGAGACGGCACAACCUUUUCUGGAACCAGGCUAAGGUCAAUGACAACAGGACCAGACCUGGAACCAGGCUAAGGUCAAUGACAACAGGACCAGACCUGGAACCAGGCUAAGGUCAAUGACAACAGGACCAGACCUGGAACCAGGCUAAGGUCAAUAACAACAGGACCAGACCUGGAACCAGGCUAAGGUCAAUGACGGGACCAGUUCUGGUACCAGGUUUAUGUCAACAGGACCAGAUCUGGUACCAGGUUUAUGUCAACAGGGUGAAAGAUACAAGGCUGUUUGUUUCUUCAGGGGAUAAUAAAACUUCAAAAAAAUACAACUGGAGUCUGAGUUCUC